GGGCAGCCUGUGCGCAUGCGCCCUCUGCCGUGGCGGCCGCUUUUGGGGUCGGUGCUCCGCCCCGUCUUUCCCUCCUCCACGUGAGGGGGAGCGCGGAUUCCCAGCGGCGGCCGCGCGCUCCGGGCGCCUCUGCAGCUCUCGUGCCCCUCGCAAUGGCCGGCAUCCUGUUCGAGGAUAUUUUUGACGUGAAAGACAUUGACCCAGAAGGCAAGAAGUUUGACCGAGUAUCUCGGCUGCACUGUGAGAGUGAAUCCUUCAAGAUGGACCUCAUCCUAGACGUAAACAUUCAGAUUUACCCCGUAGACUUAGGUGACAAGUUCCGGUUGGUCAUAGCUAGCACUUUGUAUGAAGAUGGUACCUUGGAUGAUGGUGAAUACAAUCCCACAGAUGACAGGCCUUCCAGGGCUGACCAGUUUGAGUACGUAAUGUAUGGGAAAGUGUACAGAAUCGAGGGGGACGAGACCUCGACAGAAGCAGCCACGCGCCUCUCUGCAUAUGUAUCCUAUGGGGGCCUGCUCAUGCGGCUUCAGGGUGACGCCAACAACCUGCACGGAUUUGAGGUGGACUCCAGAGUCUAUCUGCUGAUGAAGAAACUGGCGUUCUGAACCUCGUGGGAAAUCAGCCUUGCUGCUCACUCACUCAAGGCCUGAAUGUUGUUCAAACCUGAGUAGAAGCUCGUGGUGUUCGCCUGUGAAGGGGACUGGGCUGUGUGUCCACUCCACUGUGGGUACAUCUUCAGUUUGUCCAAAUUCAACGGAAAACUGACUUGUCUGUAAAAGACCAAGUGGGAGAGCUUAGCAUGAA